GAGCAGCAGUCGUGAAGAAGCACACUAAUAUUCCUUUGCAGCAAGACGGCAGGACGUGAGCCCAGGCUCCUCCAGCUUGGUGACAUGAUAAGGAGAACAGCAGUACCAGACCGUGGCCAGGCCAGAUAAGCCAUGUGGAGUGGGCGGGCUGUUUUUCUCAAACUACUCCUUUUGUAGUAUGUAGCCCAACUAACUCCUGAGGCCCUUACUGCGCAGCUACGCUGCUUUUUAGUUAAAACCCAGAACCCCAGCAACAAACUGCAAAGAAAAAUGGAGGGCUUAGAAAAGGACCAUCCUUACUCGGGAUCUUCCCAGCAGCCUCCACCAGCCAGAGAGGAAUACACUGUGCCAGGGGCCAUCACGCACCGCCUGCGAGACCGAGAGCUGCUGAGGAAAAGGAAAGCAGAAGCACAGGAGAAAGAUACUGUCCAGUGGGUUCUGGGAGAGCGGGGUAAGAGCACAGGGCCCAAGAGGGGCCGAGGAGCUGGGAGAAGAAGAGGCCGACAGCAGGGUACAGAGCCAGAGCCUCAGCCUGACGUGCAAGAGGAGGUGGAGAAGGAGCCCCCAGAGAAAGCACAGGCAUCUCCAGGGCACCAUGAGGAGGAGCCCGCCCUGUCUGUGGCUCAAGAGCUGUCUGGUGGGACUCAGCAGGAGGCGGUAGAGGGCCCCCCUGCUCAGGAUAUUCUGCAUCCAGCAGAGCUAGGGGAAGCACCAAAGUCAGAAGAAGCAGGAAUAUCAGAGGCUUUGAAUAUCCCUCUGGAAAAUGACCAUACAGAUAAUGGAUACUACCCCUCAGUUUUAUUUUGAUCUUUUUUUCCUUCCCAUUGCUUUGGUCAAAGUCCAGCCACCGUAGAAUGAUUUAGAUCUGCUAUUCCUGUGUGAGCAAUAAAAACUAAACACUUGCACCAUCUUCUCCCAUCACUGGUAUUUUGCCUACCUAGGAAUAGUGGGGAAAUAUUAUCCCUCUAAAACUCAGCAGCUGUGUGCUCAGGACUAUAUCACAGACCUUGGGCAUUCUCUUCCAACCCCCUCCCCUCACCCGAUUCCCUCUGCUGCUCCUCCCAGCAGCCCCUACUCCCGCUGAAGUCCGGAGGGUUCCAUGGCAGAGCCCAUGUCUGGAUUGGGCCUUGCAACAUGGACUUGGAUCUCAGGCAGCACUGAAGAGCCAGCUCUUUAUCCAGCUUUCCAGCCGCUCUGGACACGUAACUACAGCGUAGCUUCACGUGACUCUCCCAGACAGACCCAGGGAGGUGGGAGGGCCGGAGUUUAAUUGACUGUCCCGGCAGCUGUGGACACAGCUCUCUAGCGGUGAUGAAUCUUAGGCCUUUCCAAAGUCUCUUCACUUUGAUCUAUAUUUUGUACUUUUCCUUCGUGGCCCCUCAUCUGCUCCCCGCAGCCCCUUCGCGGACCAUGAGGGAGGGAAGCUGUGUUGCGCUUUCACCUUUCACUUGUCAAACUCACUCAGACACUCUUUAGCUGCUUUGCAUAAACCAUGCACCUUGGACAUGGCUUCCUGUGUCGACAGCGCCAGGAGCACACAGGUAAGGCCAGGAAAAGGAUAAAGAAUGCAUUGAAGGUGUCCCAAAGUCUUUCAGAGAGACAGUGCUGUGUUUCUAGCAUCCAAAACCAUAACAGUGCCCUUUAAGCAGUGUCUGGAUCACAGGGAGGAUGUGGCUUACCCCCCUGAACAUUGAGCUGGGCACAUAUCUCCACAUCCCAUGGCUAAAGACAGCCAUAGAUUCCAUGCUUACUGCUAUGCUGAAGAAGGCUAGAGGCUGGCAAUUUCUUAUUCCAUGCCUACAUGUUAUAAUGGGGAUAAAGGGUCGUCCAGGCAGGGUGCUCAGUGCCUUGCAGGACUGAGCCCAGAAUGGCCUCAACUAAGUGGAUGCUGCAGAAUGUCCUAGCAGAAUGGGCCCCAUUCUCAUGGGUGCUGAGCUCCAGGGCUCACGUUGACUUAAACAGGAGUUGUAGGUUCUCAGCACCUCUGAAAUCAGGCACUGUGGCCAAAAUCUUCAUACUUGGGUGCCCAGAGAUAGCCAGUUGAGGCCUCCUCCAGUUCCCACUGAACUCAACGAAAGUCUUCUCCUGAGCUCAGUGGAUACUGGCCUAAUUUUCAGAGAUGGGAGCCUCUGCAACCAUAUUGCUUUGCUCAGGAACUGUGGGGUUUCAGUGUGUCUGGAACUGGGCUGGGCUUAUAGGGGCACCUACCUGUAAGUAUCCUUGGUUAAAAAUGUCAGCCUGUCAGUGCCUUAGUGAGACUGCAGCUCAGUAGCCAAAUGAUGUGUUCAGAAGAAGGUCAAGGAGAUUUUGGCUAAAAUACAUGGUUUCUAGUCAACUCUGGAUACUGUUACCAACUCAUUUGCACCAGACUCUGGUGUGAGCGAGCAGGAGUGAGUGGCCAGUUAACAGUGCAUUACAAGGGCAGGUUACAGUGUGCUGUGUGCCCCGGGCUAGCCCCACCAAUCUCUCCUGCCCCUCUCCUGAGGUCAAGCACAAGCCUCCCUUCUGGUCCCUGCCAACUCUAGGGCUCUGUGGAUGCCUAGGACUCCUGACUUUGCUUUUGACCAUAUGGACCCCAUAGCCCCUGCCACUCCAGUGUGCCGGCCCCUGGCUCCCCAUGGCAGGUGGAGCCAUGUAGGGUUGGUCCAAGAUCCCUCUACCCUGGCAGUACAAAGAGAUCUUAGUGGGCCCAGAGGAUCGAUCAUACACCCGGCAGCCUAGUGAUUAGCAGGGACCAGGCCCUUGCAUUCAGCUUAGCAGAACUAUGGCCUGCUUCCAUUGGGCCUGGAUCUUUUACUAAAUUAAUCAAAACAUUUGCUGUGUGAAGAGACCUAGUCGUGUAAAUGUUUCCCUCUCUUCUUCUAUUUCCCUCUCUGUCCUAUCGCACUGCCAGCAACUACUUUACAUCCCCUGGCUACUGAACGCCAAUGUGACAAUAUUGCCACAGGUGCUAGGGUGGAGUCGACAAGAAGUUUGAAAGCAGAAGCUGUGGCUGUUCCUGAUAAUUUCCAACGGAAAGCUCCCACUUUGCCAUUACAGCACUGAGUGCAGUAGAUGACUAGCCACAGAGUGCGGUUAGAAAGGAGCACACUUUCCCCUUGGCACACUGCCUUAUUCAUGCAGUCGCCUGAUGAGAUAACUCUGGUACAAUCCUCGCUUAUCUGUAAGAGUCAGAUGCGUCAGGUUUCUUUCCACCUAGCCUAGGACAAUAUUUUCGCCUUGAAAUGUGUGCCCAAUUCUGAUGGGAGCUAGGACGUGCAAUGCAGGACACGGUCUCUUGCAUUCGCCAUAUCAGGGGAUCAUUUUUUGUAAAACUUCAGUUGAAAAUGCCAAGAAGCCAUUACCUAGCACAGCCUUGACGUCAGACAUCCCCUGAGCACUUUCUGACAUCCCUGCAGAUUGCAGAGGAAUGCACUUCUCCUCUAGAGUGAUUAAAAUGAGAGCGCUACAGAGAGAGAGACAUCACUAAAAACAACAGGCGCAGUCCUACUGUGCCGUUUAGGUCCCACAGUGCCAUGUAAGAGUUUAGCUGGCCUGGGCUGCAUGGCUCAGGGGGUUGUACCAGGCUGGCACUGGAACUGUGACCCUUAAUCAUUGGUUCUCUCCCAGCCCAGGUCUGUGGUGGCAGAGAUACGCUGCUAGUGGAUGGCUGUUUGGCAGCUUGUGUGACGUGCGUUAGUGGUGUGGUGCCAUGUUGCUUGUAGACAGAUGGCUCCGUGGAGCAGAGGCCCAAGGUAGGAUCACAAGGCUGCUGAGCUCCCCGCGAGAGGGGCUCCCUUCAUCUCACACUGGGUGCCAAGCACGGGGGGGGGGGCAAUGCACUGGCCAUGCUGUACCUGUGCAGAGCUGGAGAGACCCGGAGCAGUAGUGACACUGAAUCUGCUAUCAGCAAAAUCUUGCUUGGAACAGGUGCUUUAGUACCCAGGCCAAGCCUGGGUUGCUUUGAGCAGUGCGUUCCCAGGCACGAGCUAAGGUUACUAGGGGAGGAAAAUCCAUGUCACUAGGGAGCAGCGGCAGCAGCAGGGCAGAGAGAGGAGCCGCCAGCUUCCUGCAGAGGAUCAGACCUUCACAGUUGUCUCCUUCCAGCCCCAAAUCUCUCCUUUCUGGCCUUGCUAGUAACAGCCAGCUCUGGACGCAGAGGGAGAGCUCCUCCGUGGCUGUCAGCAGAGCACGGGCUGCUGUUACAGACCCGCUGGACUCCUCAGUAUGUGUCCCGGAGAGGCACCCCCCGCACCAGCCGGGAGAAAGGAUCCCCUCUGCCUCAGCCCGUGCCUGAGGCUGGGGAGGAACAGAGGCAGGCAAGACUGUGUAGGUGCGACUCUUCACUGCAUUUGGCUGUGUGGAGCCCUUUGUAUUUUAGCCUGCACAGACAUGGCUUCUGGGAAACCCUGAGGCUCCUUGCUGAGCUGGCCUGUGGUUCUGGCACUGGGCUGGGACCCUGGAGAGCGGCAGUCAGGCUCUCGCUCUGCCGCUGGCAUUCUCUCUCUGUGCCUCAGCGUCCGAGCUGUGACAGAGGGAUGAUGGUAUUUGACCUCAAUGGGAGUUAGGUGCCCCAUCUGCUUAGCCACCUAGUGGGGUCUUUAGAAGCACCUCUCUGCAUCUUCAGUGCCUACAUCCCUUUGGACGUCUGGCCCGUAGCUCGGUGGGACAAGGGCUGUACCCAGUGCCAUGGGGCUGGAGUCUGGCUGGGUGGGACUGUACUACAGAGCAUCCCUGCCAGGCUGGCUCACACCUCAGUACUGAAAUCCUCAGCCAUUGGCUUGGUACAGGAGGCUGCAGUGCAAACCAGCCCCCAUAAGAGCAGCACCUGCACCUGAAUGGGGCCGGAGCCCUCUGCAAUGAGCAGCGUGGUUGUGUGCACAGCAGUGUGGUCAUCCAGGAGCUCCCCAGUGCAGCAGCCUGGCCUGUCUCAACCUCCCACAGGCUUUCCUGGGCUCUGGGAUCAGCACAGAACAACAGGGGCUUCCAGCUGAGCGCUCACAUCUUGCCCUCCCCCCAGAUUAGUUGCCAGUGAGCCAAAGCCAGGAAGAGGCUCUUCAGAGGCCCAGUGCCCAGCAAGCACUGCAGGCUCAUGGCAUGGCAGGGAAAGGAACAGGAGACACAGACAGCUCAAGGCUGCCUUAGCAGAUCCCCACUGGCUGCCCACAGCAUGAUGCUCUCACACAGAGGCCCUGUCCCACAGCCCUUCUCCUCCUGACACAGGGGCAGCUGAGCCCCCCUUCUGCACAGAGGCCCCGGUCCUGUGCUCCUGAAGAAGGACAGGGGUGAGGCCAGGGGAACACUCCCACCCCUAGACAUCAGGCUCCUUUCCUCUGGAGAAAACGUGCCAAGGGGGGCCAAUAUAAACCAUAACAUGUAGCAGCCCCUCGGCCCAGCUUCCCCGCUGGGGUAACUCCAAGGAUCCAUUUCCCCUCCUACCGCACCGGUAGCUGGAGGCAGGACUGCCCUACAAAUCAAGACUCUGUCUUAUCACCUGGCAAACAGGUGACGAAUUAAACCCUCUUAUCAGUGCUGCUUGUCACAAAGGGCUGAUUCACGGUCAGAAUCUCCUCCUGAAGGAGCACAUAGAAGCCAUAAGAACUCUGUUUCGUAAGCAUUUCACUGUGUGUCAGCCAGAGCCAAGAAACACCGGCGCCCAUGCGGCAUCUGCCCCUCCAAGCUAGACCUGCCCAUGAAUCAGCCACUGGCAAGCUGAAGGCAGGCUCAUUACUGUAUGGGUGUGAGGAGAGCUGCUAUUCCCACAGCCCUGCACACCAAACUGCUGGUCCUGUCCCUUCCACAUGCUGGACCCCCACGGCAGCAUGGCCUGGCCUUUAUCAGCAGACGUUAAUGAAGCCCUGAUGAAAGGCGACUUUAACCUUAUGAAAGAGCUGGUGGAGUCUGGAGCUGAUGUGAACAGGUGGGAUAGAGAGGGCCGUACCCCACUGAUGAACUGCUGCCUCCAUGAUGGGGAAGGCUGGGUCCUCGGAGCCGCCCAAUUGCUGCUGAGCUUCGGGGCCAGGGUUGGGGAUUGGGACCGGCACCGAUGCAAUGCUCUGAUCCACACUGUGCAAAAGGGCUUGGUGGGACUGUGCCUGGGUGCCCUGGACUGCGAUCUGAACCACACAGACCAGGCCGGGUGCACGGCGCUAUGGCACGCAGCAGCCAUAGGCCACGUGGGGAUUACCACGAUGAUCAUCCUCUCACUGAAGCGAUACGGCCUGGAGAUCAACAAGGCCAACAAGGAUGGACUCACCCCGCUGAUGCAGGCUCAUCGCCAGGGCCACACGGUCUGUGCCAACAUGCUUCGGGAUACUGGGACGAGCCCCGAGCAGGGGAGGGUUCAAGUCCGUGCCAAGAUGGCUAAGGGCUGGGAAGCCCAAGCCACAACAAGCAGAUCGACAGGUUGCUCUGCUCAGUACCUCUUCCCCUGCAAACCCUUGCCCAAAAGCCUGUGGGAGAACAGAAGGAAACUGCGCAGGAGUCCAGAGCCAAUCAAGCCGUGUGGGGAAACCAGAGACACUGGAGGCAAAGGGAAUCCUAUUCGAACAGGAAAGCAAAAUCCCACUGCUGGCACUGUGAGACAUCCUCCGACCCAGAAAGCUGUGCAGCCCCAAGCCACUCCCAGGGGUGAGACAGUGAAAGCAGGUCAAUCCCUUGGCUCCCACGGAAAGACUGGAGACAGGAUUUGGAAAAGCUCACAGAGCUCCUUCAAACCCAGCUCACGCCAGCUUUUCGCUGGAAAGCCACCCCCAUGCCGGCCCAGAACACUUGCCAUCCCCAAGGUACAGGCAGCCCAGCUGAGCUGGAGGCCCUGCUGCUGAGGAGGAGGACCUGGAGGCUGUCCUUUGAUGCCAGAAAGGACGUGUUAAAGAAGCCCCCUGCGCCGAAGAGCAGCUCCAGGAGGCAGCGCAGUGUAGCAGCCAUUCCACUCAUCCCCCUCCAGGGCCAGAGGAGAGCUGUGCAAGGAGGAGUGCAAGGGAAAGCGAGUGUGAGAAUAUCACCCAAAGCCCAGGGAAAGAACACAGCUUAGUACUUGCAGCUAAAUGGGUUCAAUUAUUGGCAGCAAUGGCCCACGCUGAACAUCUCUGGGAGACUCCAGCCUGAGCCCUGAAGAGCUGCUCUCAGGGCGUAACCCAGCAAAGGAGAGUGAA